GAGGUCCAUCCCUCACUAGGAAAGUGGAAGUUACCAUGGUAAUGGCAUGGCCCUUGUGUAUAUAUACAACAGAAAAGCAAACGGGCGCCACAGCCGGGAAUGAAAUAACGCCGCGGUGAAAAGAAAGAGAGAGAGAAGAAGAAAAAAAUUCGUGGCGUCCGUCAAGUUUAGUGUCCGGCAGUCCUUCAGUGUAUCCAGCAGCGCAUUUCUCCCUCAGCGAAAGUGUUGAAUUUUUGGUUUUCUUUGGCUGCGAUGAAGAUGUCCGCCGCUUUUGGCCCUUCAUUGGCCAUCGUCGCCACCCUUUUAUUGGCCUCAGGUUACUGCACCGAAGAUGUAACGGGAAGCGAACCACCGACUUCUGAAGCCGCCACGGUGCCAGUGACGCAGGAUAAUGGUGUUGGAACACAAACGAUGACGACCUCUUCGAUGCAAACACUUGGCUUGGAUGUCACGGAUGGCCCUGCUGCUGAUGCAUCACAAUCACCGGAGAAUAACAAUCAAACAGAAACUGAUCUAGCAGAGAUUGCUCUCGCCACGUCGAUGGCGCAACCCUCAGAUGUUCCAGUUACUGUUUCGGAAGAGACAAUUACAACGAACCAACAGGACGUGCCUUCACCUGAGCCAUCUGUUAGUGGUUCUCCAGUAGAAGGAACAACUUUGACGAACCUACCGGCCACGACUGUAACCGUUCAAUCAACAAGUUCCACGACGAUUAGGCAGACUGAGAAACCGAUAUCGACGUCUAGCAUUACUGGAACAGCGAAUGUUGAUCAUUCGACAGCUGCGGCUGCGAAUUCUCAAACGAUGAUAACAGAUACUCCGCUGAAUAGUACCAUCGAUUCUACAACUUCGACGACGGUUCCACCAACGACCACAAAUCCUGGAACGACUACGAGGAGAUCUACCAGGAUCCCUAGGACGACGACUCAGAGGCGGUCGUCAACGACGACGGCACCCCUACACGAAUGCGUGACAUCGACGACCUGCCUCGAUCCGAAUGCCCAUUGCGUUAAUUUAGGCGGACAUAACACCUGUGAAUGUCGUAUGGGAUUUCGCAAGAGUUCGCCUGUUGGAAGGUGUGUAUUAAUCGCUCCUCCUUCCACGACGACGACGACGGUGCCGUCUACGACAGUGUCUUCCACGGUAGAAUUGGCCACUCUGACGAAUUCGAAUGGUCAAAAUGUGACCGCGACUAGCUCGCCUUCAGAGAGCAGUUUAACCAUCCCGCCUCUGCUGCCUUCAAAUAAUCGAAGAGAUGCCGUUCGACUGGCUUCGAAUUUGAGCACCAGAGAAAAAAUGGAUGUUGUUUCUAUUUCGUUUCAGCCAGCCUCCAGUGUGGUUGAAUGGUUGCUGUCACAAGAUCUUCCAUUCCGCAAAGCUAUUGCAAAAAUUCUAAGCUCUACAAAUUUCACUAUAGUGGAAAAUACAGAGACAAUCAAGAGGCUGAACAUAACUGAGGAUGAAAUCUUAUAUGUGGCUCCAUCACCACAGUUAACUGCAGAAGGCCUACUUGUUUGCUUUCUAGUUCAGGAUAAAGAAAAGGCCACUCCCAGACACCGUUCAUUUAUUGACGGCACUGUUGCACGUCGAAAGAGAGAAACGAAUGUUACGGACGAGAUUUCCACUGGUUACCUACCCUCUGUAUGGAUUACCACAGCCAUUGGAAAUAGUCAACAUCACUUGGAAGCAGCGCUGAACCAAACCGUCUGUUCCCUCUAUGGUGGGAUAAUCCCGUAUGAACUUCUUUCAGUUGAGCAACUUGCGGCUGCUUCCCUUUUCGAGCGACGGUUGGAUAUCUUCAUCCCACUUAUACUGGUGGCCGCCCUCGGUUUCAUGGGCCUGGCUGUCAGCUUAGUUUGCAUUCGAGCCAAGACAAGAUCAAUGGCCACUUGGGAUCCUCCAGCCGGAGUGGUUUUCGGAAAGACUAGUAUUAACAGAGAAAGCAGAGAAGAUCCAUUGGGUUGUACUAGCAAACCCGAUGCUACUGGCAAUCAUUUAGCCACAGAUGAACAAUGUCGCGAUGGUGAAGAGCAGCUUAUGAAAAAUUCGUCCGAAAUUCAUGCAGAUGACGACGUUUGGGUCGUGCCUUACGAGGAUGGUCCUCCACAGGGCAAUCCUGGACAUAUGAAAACCCAAUACGAAGACACAAAGCUUUAACAAAAAAAUGUAACGUUUAAUUAAAAAUAUCCGGUGUAAUUUUCUUAGCGGAACAACCCCGGCAAUAUGUUGUCAGUCGAGUCAUCAAAAGCCAUACCAUCCCAAUUGUGUUUCCUUUUGAAAAAUUCUGAAGUAGAGUUCGUUCAACAAUGUGUAGACAUUAGUUAUUGAUUGCUAAAUUUAUUUCAUUAAUCGUAGGUACAUGCUUUGUCCUUUUUAAAAUUUAAUGUACAGACUCAAAUUUCAAGUAAGUUCACAGCAAAAUCCAGUGCUAUUUUUAAAGCGUCAUUUUCUUGCAUAUGGAACAUUGGAAUACGUGGACGAAUACAAAAAUAAACGAUCAA